GCACACAUGGCCAAGGAUACGAAACCCAAGCUGCCCGAAUCCGGGUACUGCUGCAUGUAUAGAGAACUAACCCGGGUAGGAUAUGUAUGUUGUGCAGCCCUGCGAUGUCAACUUCGGAGAAAGCUAGGAUCGGGAAACGUGGUAGGCGGGUUUAUUUCUCUCCUAGGAAUUUUGAUUUUCGUAGAGUUCAGUAAUUGUUAGCAGUACUAAUUAUGAGACUAAUCUUCAUUGUGGGAAAUAUACUCCUACUUUUGGGGAUGAUGACGGUCUGGGUGGAGGGGCAGAGAGGGGGUCGUGGUCGUUCAAAAGGGAGGAAAGGAGGUCUCAGCACGAGCCUUAGAGUUCCUCCGGGGGGACAAUGGAGAGAUCCGGAUACGGCCAAAUAUUACACAAAUCCCAAAGGUGCCAAAAUCACAAAAGCGUCUCAUUUCGACCUGGAAUACGUUCUGGGUCACAAGGUCAGUUUUUUAUGCGAAGCGAAAGGAUCUCCUCGGCCACAAAUUACAUGGUUUAAAGACGGCAUUGAACUUUAUUAUCAUGGAUUUCUUCAGGUGCACGAGUGGAGACAUGGUGAUGAGAAGAUCAAAUCGAAGAUGGAGAUUGAUCCAGCAACUCAAAUGGACGCCGGAAUAUACGAGUGCUACGCCGACAAUAAGUAUGCAGUCGACAAGAGGACAUUCCGCACAGAUUUUAUCACCGUUUUUGACUAAAACUAUUACGGUUAAGAGUUUCCGAGAGGUCAAAAAGAGCAAUACUUCCUUCUCUCAGAGUAGUAGAGACUCUCUACUAGAGAGUGCAACUUAUAAUACAAUUCAGCUCAGGCGUACGUGUAGUAGUCAGCCUUGCUUUAAACAUAUCCCUCGUUACGCAAAAAAUAUAUAUAUCAAAAGGAACUAAAUACAUGCAAUAAUAAUGUUAAGUUUUGUGGGAAAGAUGAAAAUACUAUAAAUAAAAAUUUGAGGAUUGUUACGAUA